AUGCCAUUGCAUGGCAAAGUAGUCGUGAUUAAGAGGAGUGGAGGAGAUGGGACUGAGUUUCCUCUUACUGCAACAUGCUUAUUUGGAAGGAAGCCUGACUGCGAUAUUCGUAUUCAGCUUCCUCAAGUCUCCAAGGAGCACUGCAGAAUUGACUUGAAUGAAAAUAAAGAGGUCAUUUUGACAAAUUUGAGCUCAGUGAAUCCAACCCGUGUCAACGGAGAGGCUCUGCAGCAGUCUGAGCGUUUGAAGCAUGGAGAUGUGAUAACAAUUAUUGACCGUUCCUUCAGGUUUGAGUACCCUCCAGCACCCACACCAAAGAAGAGGUCUUCUGCAGGAGGCAAAAGUGAAACCCUCAAAGUUCUUCAAGCUCAGCAAGUAGUAGACAUUGUCACUGCUGAAACAGGAGAAAAGAGGAACUCUGAAGUCUUCACAGAUGGAACUAAUGACAACUUCCAGCAAUCCCUGGAGAAAACUGCGGAGGUGGAAUCCAAGGAGGAUAGCAGCCUGCUGCAAAACAAGACCAAUUCCCCCUUCAACGAUCUGUAUCAAAUGAUCAAAAAGUCUCUGGAUGUCAAGACCCCUCGGAAAUCUUCUGCCAGUCUGCUUCAAACACCUGCCUCAAGGUUUUGCACUCCAAAACCUGGUUCCGUCCAAAAAAAUGAUGGGAAACCUGUCACUUCCACAGAAGACAUAAUCAUUCCUAAGAUGGAUGAUGCUAAAGUCUUUCCUGGAGCUGAUGAAAUCAAGGGGGAAGUUGUAAGUAUUAGUAAUGGGACCCCAAAGUCUGUUAAGAAGCAGAGGAAGUCCUUCCAGGUUCCUCCUGAGAUGGCAGGACCUGCAGCACCUGAACAUCCAGCCACGUCUGAAGCCACUUUACCUCAGAAGAGAAACCGUGUUAGCCCCCAGAGGUAUACUGCAUCUGAGGUUAUUGAUCAAGUCUCUGCUCAAACGUCAAAGUCACCAUUGAGAAGACGAAGCAAGGAGGCCACACCAGUCAAAGCCUCUGUGACAAAGGAACAAGAAGAGCCAGCAAUGCCAUCUCCCAAGACAAAGCAUCUUCAAGAGGCAUCACCAAGGAACUCGGGCAAAACUGAAAAAGUGAAAGACUUGCCAAAAAAACGCAAAAGUGGAGAACUUGCAGCCGACUUGCCCACAUCACGAAUGAAGAAGAAACGUGUUUCCUUUGGAGGUGCCCUGAGCCCAGAGUUAUUUGACAAACGACUGCCACCUGACUCUCCAUUACGUAAGGGGGCAACUCCGCGAAGAAGCUUGUGUCUGUCUCAACCCAAACUGUCACUCCUUAGAAGAGCAUCAGUCAUUGGCUUCCUAAAGGAGUUUGAAGAUGUGCAAAGAAGUCCUGCAAAAAAGAGGACUCCAUCACCUAAAAAGUCAUCAAGUGCCAAGAAUGCUUCUCCUAAGACCCCAACGCCUGGAAAGAAAUCACCGAAAUCUAAGUCGCCGUCUCCCAAGGCAGCAUCACCUGGAAAGAAAUCACCGAAAUCCAGGUCCCCGUCUCCCAAGGCGGCAUCCCCUGGAAAGAAAUCACCGAAAUCCAGGUCCCCGUCUCCCAAGGCGGCAUCUCCUGGAAAGAAAUCACCGAAAUCUAGGUCCUCGUCUCCAAAGGCAGCAUCUCCUGGAACAAAGUCACCAAAGUCCAGAACCCCGUCUCCGAAGACGGCAUCUGCUGGAAAGAAGUCACCAAAAUCCAAAACGCCAUCUCCUACAAGGGGAAGGUCUCCCGCUAAAUCUCAGUCCAAGUCUUCAACCCCAGGUCAGGUUUCUUACAAAGAAACUCCCAGUGGCAAGAAGAGGUCAGCCCUGGCAGCGUCAAGUCCUUCCCCUAAGGAAAUUGCUCCCAUUGUUUGUGCAACACCAGCCAAAACACCCUGUAACUCAGGGGUCUAUACCUCCACAGGGCGCUUCUCUGUGUCACGCAUCAGCACUCCAUCUCCAGUUGCAGAAGAUGAUGUUACUAACAAGAUGCCUUUAGUCACCGUUACCCCUAAAAUACCUCUGAGGAGAAAGAGCAUGAAGAGCACCUCACGCAAGACCCCAAGUAUAUCCAGGAGUGCUGUAAAAGUGAUGCGCAGAAGUGGCAUUUCACGUGCAUCUAUCAAAGUCAGAGAUACCUGGGUGGAUGUUGUGAAAUUUGGUCAAACUAAGGCUCAAGUGGCUGCUCCAGCUAAAAUAAUCGUCCCCAAAAAGACUGUGAAGAAGACUGUGUCCAAACCACAGACCCCUGCACGAAAACUCAAGGGCUAUGUCAGCACUGGACAUGCAAAUUCACCUGUUACCAUUGUUGUGGGCAGAGCUCACAAACAAAAGGUUGUACAUCCAACUGGUGCUGCACCAAGAGUGGUCACCAAUACUGCUCUCUUCAAGAAGAACAUGAAAAUGGAUGAAGACUUGAGUGGCAUUUCUGAAAUGUUUAAAACCCCUGUAAAUGAAAGGAGCAGGAAAUCUGUCAUCAGAGACAACAGUGCCACCGAGACGCCAAUGGGAGUUCUGUCUGUGGUAGACCCAUCAGUUUUAAACACACCAGAGGAGCCAGGCGAGAUGAUGGUGUCUCCACUGAGUGUGGCAUCUACAGUGAAAGGCGAAAGAUACAACAGUGAAGCAGUACAACGCCUCCUUAAUGGAGAUCAAGACUCUAGCUUCAUCAGCGAGAUCCCAGCCUUGGAGAUACACUCUGAAUCUGCUGAACAGCAGUGCACAGAUGUGAAGACAACCCAUGUAACAACUCCCAAACAGAAGCCAGAACAACCGGAGUGUCUCACUGGAGUGAAGAGGAUCAUGAAGACACCACGGCAGAAGGCUGAGCCAGUUGAGGAUCUGAGAGGCAAGAUUUUGAAAACUCCUAAGCAGAAAGUGGAACAACAGGAAUGCCUCACUGGAGUUAAGAGAAUCAUGAAGACUCCAAGACAGAAGGCUGAACCCGUAGAAGACAUCAGAGGAAAGCUUCUGGCAACUCCCAAACAGAAGCCUGAACAACAAGAGUGCCUCACUGGAGUGAAGAGAAUUUUUAAGACCCCACAACAGGAAACUCCAAAUGUGAAGAGCUCCCCAUUGGUGUGUCUCACAGGUGUCAAGAGAAUAAUGAAGACGCCCAAAGAAAAAAGUGCUCCAGUUGAAGAUAUGGUUGGUGUGAAGAGGCUCAUGAAAACUCCCAGAGAGAAAGCUGAACCUGUUGAAGAGAACUUUGGCAUCGAAGCACUCAUGAAGUCACCCAGGCUGAGGGGUAAUGCUCCAGUGGAAGACUUUGAGGGACUCCAAGAGGUCAUGGAGGAGGUACUGACGGAUUCUCCCGGACCACUGAAAACAGAUGAGGUUGAAGAUCAUCCAGCUCCUCCAGAUUGUGGUGAGGACAUAGCAAAAGAACUAGACUUUGCCUGUGGGGAGCCACAAGAUGAUACGGCGUCUGAUGUGAUCGACAAUGUUCCCCAAGUUGAUAUGGCAAAAGAAACGGAUGCAAAUGAAGCUCUUGUUCACAACCACAUUGAGGAGGUGCCAAGUGGACAUGAUAAUAAUGAAUCAUCAGAUGCCAUGGAAACUAUCUCUCAGGCAGCUGUGGAUGAGAGCCUACCUGUGGAACAACCCAAAGUGGAUGCAGUAGAUGAGACUUUAUCUGAAGAACAACAACCAGAAGUGGAGACUGCUACUGGCAAAGUCACAGAGUUGGACAUGAAUGCUGCGGCUCCUCACCAUGAGAAGAAAUCUGUUCGAGGCCGAAGAGCAAAAACAGUGAAAUCUGAGGCAGCUGAGGAUAAACAAGAGGCAACAGAGCAUUCUGAAGAUCCUGUUGCCCCAGCUCCAGUCAGAGGAAGAAGAGGGAAGAAAACUGAAGCCCCAGCUCCAUCCACUGUGAGACAAACAAGAAGAAACAGAAACAAGGAUGUUGAGCUCACAUUAGAAGAAAGUGCCCCUCAGUCUUCUGAAGUUGCCCUUAAGCCUAAAAGAGGAAGAAAUGCCAAAAAAGCUUCUGAAGAUCAAGUUGAAAUGGUAAAAGAAGUUGCCUCUGAAACAGAAAUGGUGCCAGAAGUUGAGAGCAAUAACAUCCCUCCACUUGAUGUCGACCACAAAGCAAAUGACAGUGCAGCACCCGAGGAGAAGGCUGUUUCCAAACCCAAGAGAACGAGAAAAGCUAAACAAGAAUCUGAACAGUCAGUGUCAGAUGUGCCUUGUGACGAUGUUCCCCAAGCAGAUGUGGCAAAAGAUACAAAUGAAGUCUGCAGUGACCAGCUGGAGGUGGUGCCCAAUGAAAAUAAUGAAACUAAAUCCAUUGCCAUGGAGACUGUUUCCCAGGCACCUGUAACUGAGAGUCUACCUGCACUGGUCACAGACACGGAUGCAUCUGUCGUUCAGAAGAAAUCUGUUAGAGGCCGAAGGGCAAAAAUGGCGGAAGCUAAAACAGCUGAAGAUAAACAGGAGGCAGCAAUCAAUUCUGAAGAUCCUGUUGUCCCUGCUCCACUCAGAGGAAGAAGAGGGAAGAAAACUGAAGCUACUGCACCACCUGCUGUUAGGCAAACAACAAGAACCAAAAACACAAAGUCUCAAGGAAGCACCAGUGAUACUAAUCCUGAAACGCAACCAAUGACUGAGAUUUCUACUGAAGCUGUGAGUGACCAAACCAGCCAAGAAGAAGAUGUUUCUGCCUCCCCUGUAGAGGAAACUGACGUGAAGCCCAUUCGAGGGAGAAAAUCUAAACAAAAACCUGUUGAGCCAACUCAACCAGAGCCAGAGAAAAGUGAAGUCCUGAGUGAGGAGCAGCUCAUGGCAGAUCCUCAACCGCCUGUCCCCACUGUUGGAAAACCCAGAAGAGGGAGAAAGACAAAAACUGAUGUUGAACAAAAUGAGGUUGCAGAAGACACAGUUGUCAUUGAGCAGACCAAGCAGCAGUCUCAGCCUCCAGUCAGGGCGAAGAGGGGAAGAAAUGCUAAACAGGAAGAAGAAAAGCAAGAGAACGAUGGCAAGGCUACCUCAGCUGAGACUCUUAAAUCCCAGGAGCCCGUUAAAAAAUCAAGGAGAACAAGAAAGGCUGAGCAAGACAACGUAGAACCAAGAGAAGAUGAAAUCCAAACUGCUGAAAUGGUUUUCCCCAAGGAGGCUGAAGCUGCACCUGUUGAUGAACCACUGAAGAUGAGUGAACAGGUUAGUGUGGCUGCAAAACCCAGGAGAGGAGGGCGAAAAGCACAAAAAGACACUGAGAGUGAAAUCCCUGUUGAGUCCACUGAGGUCCCUGCUGUCAGCUCCACAGACAAACCCAAACGGGUUAGGAGAGGAAAACAAGUCACUGAAGAGGUUGACGCCACCAUCGAAGUACCAGAGGGAAAACCUGACCAUGAGCUGGAGGCUGAAGAGAAGAAAACUGCUGAACCAGAUGUUCCAGUCAUUAAACCUAGCAGGGCGAGGGGGGUGAAAACUGUGAAAAAUGAUGUUUCAAAUGCCAUUCCAGCCAAGAGAGCACGUCGGGGUGCUGCUCUUCCCCUUGAGGAGACCAAUCCAGAGUCCACAGUCCAGGUUUCAGAGUCUGUUCCAACCUCAGUAGAGCCACCUAAAAGGGGGCGACGGGCAGCAGCAAAGCCCACAACAGAUGAAUCCGCUUUGAGUUGUGACCAGGCAAAUCCCUCUGAAGAUUUAAGCAACGCUGUUGUGGAAGACACAAAAAAGUCCAAAAGAUCUGUCAAGUGGAAAGCAGAACCAGAAGUCUUUCAGAUUCCAAAAGUAACACCUGUAAAAGCUGUUCGAGGCAGGAGGUCAAAACUUGGAGACCAAGUUGAACCUGAAAGCAAAAAUGUGUCAAAGGCUGCCAGCAAAACUGAAGAGAAGGAUCUCUCAGAUGAAGUUGUUGAAGCUCAGCCCAUCAAGAGAGCCAGGCGAGGGGCAAAGGUCACUGCUGACACAGAGACCUCAAGCAAAGUGGGCCCAAAGAAAGGUGCUGAAGCUGAGACACAGCCAAAACCCAGAAGAGGAAGAACAGCAAAGAAAUAAGAGCAUUUGUAUACUGUAUAUUCUUAAUCACAACUAUUUUUUUCCUUCAAACCCUUUGUGAUUGUCAUGUUUUAGAUUGUAAGGCAUUUUAGAAAGUAGUUUUAUAGACUAAAAAUGAAGCACUGCUUGUUGUUUGUUUUCCAUGGCUGCAGGGAAUCUGGUUUUAACCAUUUGUUUUGUGACAAGUUGUAUGUUAUUCAUUACUGAUGUUUUUUGUUUUUUUUUAUUCUUCCAAAUAUUUUCAUGGUGGCGGAAAAAAAGUGCUUAUUAAAUUUUUUUUGUA